GUGGCGACCAUGGAGGUGUGAUAGUGUCCUCAAACUCUGAUUCAACGCGAUUGUCUUCAAUAUUGCACAAGGGUUGAAGAUUAGGACUGAAGAUUGAGAGAGGCAAGCUGUCCUGAGGAGAGACUGGAUGACAUUAGCCUGUGAAUUGGGACUCCAUAAUUUAGCUGUUAUUUUCUUGGCUUCCUCUGCACUGCAGAGAAAAACAGAGUGCUGUGAAAGGCCUUCAGCGUGUGGCGAUGUCUGUUUCCACUGCCCUGCAUCAUACCGUUGCUCUGCAGGUCCUCUUAGUCAUAGCCAUGUGUGACGAGGGACAAGCCAAUCGCAUCAACUUCUACAAUGUCAUACCACCUGUAGAUGCGACCCCUUUCCCCAAGAGCUUCAAAUGCUUCACCUGUGAACACGCCUUGGACAACUACAACUGCAACCGGUGGGCAGAGGAUAAAUGGUGCCCUCAGAAUACACAGUUCUGUAUGACGGUGCAUCACUUCACCAGUCGUGGUAAGACCAAGUCCGUCACCAAAAGGUGCGUUUCGAGAGAGGACUGCCACGCAGUGGGCUGCCAUCACCACCGAGAUGCAGGCCACACUGAGUGCAUAUCGUGCUGCGAGGGCAUGGUCUGCAAUGUGGAUGUCCCGACCAAUCACAGCAACGCGGUGUUUGCUUUGAGACAGGCCCACAGCUCCUCAGCGCCGCCCAAUUGGUCCUGGAGCAUUUCAUCGCUGCUUGCCUCUGUCGUCACUCUGCGGGUGCUGCUCUCAUAGUGGAGUCCAGCCGAAACCAAUCCAACCGCCCACCGAGCCGAGAGACCUGCUCAGAACUGAUCCAGGAUCUUCCAGAAGAGCAGAGUUCAGUGU